UGUAGCCAUUGAGGUUAAAUGCUUUGAGUGAGGACUAAUUUAACACAUUUCAAAAGAUGAGCGUUGCCAAGAAAGAAUCAAAUUGAUUAUUCGAACACGACUAAAACAGAAAGCAAGACAGAUAUGUAUUUUGUGGGUGGUGCUGUUUACACAUAUUUUCUGAUUAAUGGCUUUUUAAAUAUAUUAUCUGUUUUCUGUGGCGGAGAGGACAUGAAAGUCUGUCGUUCACAUAGUUUUCUGAUUGAUGAAAUAGAAAUGAAGCAUUCCGACAAGAAGCCGGAAGAAAUAUGUGGUAUUCCAAAUCAGGAUGUGCAAAUUUUCAGAAUUCCGAGUGACCUGAAAGAUCCACAACAGAAACAUUUGGUCUUGGGUAUACCAAAAGAGAUCACUAGACUGAUAAUCACAUUCAACGGAGUUGUGCAUGCUAUCGGAGUCAAUGGUUCCAAAGCCAGGCUUUUGUCAUGUUCAGCAUACCAUGACACACUUCUUAUUACAUCAUCUGGAAAAAAUCCAUCCUGUGUCCACGUUUUAUUGAAGCUGAAAUAUCUUACUCAAAAUGUUGGAAGCGUUUGGAUAAACAAGACAGGGAAAAUGGAAGGAAAGCAUAUAAGGCUGAACAAUCAUGAGAACCAACAAUCGAAAAUUAGGCUAAAGAGAAGUAACCCAGAAAAAUCGACACAAAUGCAAUACAAGAGCAUCUCUGCCAAAAUGACAGAUAUAUCCGAAUGUGGAAAAACAAGAAGCUGCUUUAGAUAUCACCCAAUGGACAGUCAUUGUGGACAUAUGAAAUGUUCAUAUUUUCUGAGUUAUUCUUACAAACACAUCUUUGAUGAUAUGGAGUAUGAAUAUGAUUUUGAAUUAAGUGGUAGAACUUCCGGUUGGAUCGCUGUGGGAUUUUCGUCUGAUAAACAAAUGAUGGGUGAUGCACUAGCUUGUAAGACGAACAACGAUCAAACAGAUCCUAUAGUGCAAUCAUACAAAAUCCCAAUGAGGCAAGCACAUCCGAAACUAAGGGAGGGAUUCAAGUCAAAUCUCACAAUAGCUGUCAAACAGAACAACUUCAUGUACUGCAGAUUCUUGUUCCGAGGCGGACAAGGGGACAUGAUGGAUCUGACCAAUGACUGGUUCCAGUUAUAUGGGCGUGGUCCCGUUUCAUACGAUGGAGAUUUGUUAAUACAUCAAGAGACGCCCCUGAUAUCCAAUUUUAAGAUCAGUCUAAUCAAAAGUGUCAACAAGAUGAACGUUUACACAAGCCAAGGAUCUUCCGUCACUUCCGGCUACCUCUGGUUCUUAUGGACCAGUGUCUCUUAUAUGUUGAUUAAUUUUCUUAAUUGAUCUUGGUUUAAAUUUUUCGAAAAGCCACAAAAUGUACAUAAUUAUAGUAAG